AUGAAAAACAUAAGAAUUCCUUUAUUUGCAUAUGGAACAGCUAUUGAUCAUAUUGGUUUGAAAGAAAUAGAAGAAUCUCCAUAAAAAUACACUUAAAUUUAAUUAGAUGAUUCCUCAUUUAAAAUUUACAUUUGCAGCUUUACUGAACUCUGUCUAAAUAUUUUAAAUAAUAAGAAUCUUAUUUUAUUAGUCGAUUAUCGUGAAUUGAUUGAAUUUGACGAUAUGUUAUAGAAUAUUUUUGAUUUAAUACAAUUUUCACAAGCCAAGAAAGUGUUGUGCUAUAUAGUCUCAGAAGAAACAAUCAAGAAAGGAUAAUGGAAAAUGGAAAUCAUAAAGAAGUAUGUUGAAGCUAGCACUCAAAAAUUCAAUUAUCCUAAUUAUUACUAACCUAAUUACAAUGUUUAAUUUAUUCAAUCUUCGCAAUCUCUAUUUAAUUAAUUACAUUUUUUCUAAACAACACCUAAGGAUAUAGAUUUUACAAAAAAUAAUGAUGCCUUGCUCUAAAUUUUAUCUCGAAACAAAAAUGAAUUAGAAGUUUCAUUAAUCUAAGGAAUGGUAAUCCUAUACGAUCUUUAUUAUUUUGAAAACUAAACUGCAAAUAAUAAACCAAUUUAAAUAAUCGAAAUAGAAGGAAAAGUUAAUUACAUCAAUUCGAAUGAAGAUAAACAAGUCUUUAGAAUUAAAAUCAGUGAUGACACAGAAUUGAAAGAUCAAACGUUCAUCUCUAAUAAUUUUAUCUAAGUCAAAUAAUGUUCUCCUCAAAUAGUAUUCACACCUCAAUUUAUAUCUAUGGAGAAACAAUAAGAAUUUUAUAUGAAAUAUAGAGAUACCUCAAAUAUAUCUGCUAUCAUAGGAGGAGUUUAAUAUGAUAUCAAGAACUUAGAAUUCUGUUCUACCAAUUAUGCCAAUUCAUUAAAAUUAACUUUGUCUAAUUCAAAAUUCAUCUGUGCUUAAGAAUUCUAGACAAGCAACAAGAAUUUCAAUAUAAACAGUUAAAUUUUGAUAAUCAAUAAAACUACUGAUGACAUAAUUGCUUUUGGAAAUGUGGUGUAGGAUAAUUUUGAAAUUAGCUUCACUUAAAAAAACAACUUAAAUCAAGAUUAGAAGGAGUUAGAAAUAUUUUAUCUUCCUUUAAAUGAUGAAGAUAUAAUUGCAAAUGUAGCAAGAGGUGAAUAAGUAUAAAAGGGAACUCAUAUAAAUAAAUGCAGAAUUUGUAUGGAAAAUACAUCUAAUACAUUGUUGAUUCCUUGUGGACAUUUACGUUAUUGUUUUGAUUGCUAAUCUGAAGUUUAAGAGUGCUUAUUCUGUGAUACAAAAAUUUAAUCAAGGAAGAAGUUAAUUGUGAAGUAGGUAGAUCAAAAUAAAAACAAUUUAUUAAAGGAAUUGACAUGGAGACACUAAGACUUACUAAAACUAUCGUUGCAGUAAAAUAUAAAUAUUGAAUAAAAUGUAAAAAUUAACCGAUUCUAAUAUGAUAUUGAUUUCAGUUAAUAUUAUUGCUAGAAAUGUAAUAAAUCUAAAGGGACUGAAUUUACUAUUUGUUAAUAGAAUCAUUUACUUAAUCAUUGUUUAGAAUGCUCGGAACAAAUAAAUGAAUGCGAAUUCAAAGGUUGUAAAUAAAAAAUAAUCUGUAAAGGAAAAAUAAAAUACAAUUUUGAUGAGUGA